CCCUGAAGAAUAACAAGGAGAACCAGAUUACAUCCAAAAUGGCGCUGCACAAGAAGAAAGAUGGGUCGCCGAAUGUUAAAUUCUUCGAGACCGUGGAAACCAUUGCGCAGUUUGAUUCAGUGAGGACAUGGCUUAACAAAAACUACAAGAAGUAUACACAAGCAGACCCACCAACAAACAAGAACCUGGCUAGUCUGGUGUGUCAGCUGUUGCAGUUCAUGGAGGAUGCCUUUGGGAAACAAGUCAGCAACCCAGCCCUGACAAAGCUGCCUAUGCGAUGUUUCCUGGACUUUAAGCCCGGUGGUUCCUUGUGUCACAUUCUGGCAGCUGUUUACAAAUUCAAGAGUGAUCAAGGAUGGAGGAGGUUUGAUUUUCAGUCACCAUCACGGAUGGACAGGAACGUAGAGAUGUUCUUACAGAUUGAGAAAACCCUAGUACAAAAUAAAUGCCUUAUCAUGCCUAACAUUUAUAUCAUGACCGACAUGGACAAAGUCCUUCUUCCCAAACUGAAAGACAUCAUCAAACGCCACCAGGGAUCCAUCACAGAUGAUGAUGAGGAGGCAACACAUAUUGUCCACGUCCUGCCAUCACACCCACCAGGGGAGGAGGAAUUUAUUCGAGCUGUGAUGAAACGGGAUCGUAAUGCGAUGAUACAUUGGUGGUACACCCCAGACAGUUACGAUUCAUGGAUCCCGGAUGUGUCACCUGACCUAGAGAUCGAGGCAUCUCAGCAUUCUGGGGCUUGGGAGGAAAUUACAGAUACAUCCCUAGAAUAUUUACUGGGCGAGGAGAGGGGUGAGGAAGAGGGAACAGAGGAGGAGUCCAAAAGAGAGAAGGAGGAUGAGGAUAAUGUGACAGAACAGACUCACCACAUCAUCAUACCCAGCUACUCAGCCUGGUUUGACUAUAACGCCAUCCACUCCAUUGAACGGCGGGCACUGCCCGAGUUCUUUAAUGCCAAGAACAAAUCCAAAACACCAGAAAUAUAUCUAGCGUACAGAAACUUCAUGUUGGACACAUACCGUCUGAAUCCCACUGAGUACUUGACCAGUACGGCGUGCCGGAGGAACCUGGCAGGAGACGUGUGUGCCAUAAUGAGAGUUCACGCUUUCUUGGAGCAGUGGGGGUUGAUAAACUACCAGGUGGAUGUGGAUAAUCGAGCCACAGCCAUGGGACCCCCGCCCACCUCUCACUUCCACAUCAUGGCUGACACACCCUCAGGGCUGCAACCAGUAAACCCACCCAAAAUUAACCAGCCCUCUGCAGCUAAACAGAUAGUUAGUUUUGAUGACAAAGACAAAGAAAGGGAGACAAACGAUGUCAGAGAGCUGUCUGACUUCAGUCUACGCAUGGAUAUGUACGCCAAGAAAGCGCUAAAGGAUAAAGGAGCAGCCACGCGCUCACGUGAGUGGACAGAUCAAGAGACGCUGCUCCUCCUGGAGGGUCUGGAAAUGUACAAAGACGACUGGAACAAAGUCAGUGAACAUGUGGGGAGUCGGACCCAGGACGAGUGCAUACUGCACUUCCUCCGCUUGCCAAUUGAGGAUCCAUUCCUGGAGGAAAGUGAUUUCAGUCAUGCAGGCCCUCUGGCGUACCAGCCCAUACCAUUCUCUCAGACAGGGAAUCCUAUCAUGUCUACAGUAGCUUUUCUGGCAUCUGUUGUUGAUCCUAGGGUGGCCAGCGCAGCCGCUAAGUCUGCUCUAGAGGAAUUUUCCAAAAUGAGAGACGAGGUUCCACCCACUCUGACAGACGCCCACGUCAAGAUGGUGGAGGAGGCCCACAAAGAUGGGAAGUCGAUCAAUGCUGAGUUUGGUUUGGAAAAGAGUGGAAUCGCUGGCACGGCUCCUGAGAAAGAGGAAGAGGAAACUGUGAAAGAAGAGGAAGAGAAAAAGGAAGAAGAAAAGACGGAAGAAAAGAAAGAAGAGGAAAAAGAUGAAAAGAAAGAGGAAGCUAUGGAAACAGACUCCCAGGAUAGUGUGGAGAAGAAAGAAGAAAAAGAGAAUGAAGAUGAAAAGUCAGAGCAGCAGCAGGCUAAACCAGAUACAGAAAUAAAAGAAGAGACGGAGGAGAAGAAACCUGAGGAGACAGAAGAACAGAUACAGGAGAAGACUGCCUUAGCGGUGGCCAAAAUCCCCGUCAAACCCGAUGGGAAUGUGGCAACUGCUGCCGCAGCAGCUCUGGCAUCUGCAGCUGUCAAGGCCAAGCAUUUAGCAGCUGUUGAAGAAAGAAAGAUUAAGAGUUUGGUGGCUUUGUUAGUGGAGACACAAAUGAAGAAACUGGAGAUCAAGUUACGUCACUUUGAGGAGCUGGAGGCAAUAAUGGAUAGAGAGAGAGACGCUUUGGAGUACCAAAGACAACAGCUUCUUCAAGAGAGACAGCAGUUCCACAUGGAGCAGAUUAAAGCUGCGGAGCAUCGUGCCAGGCAGAUGGCCAUGCAGCAGAUGGUGACAGAACAAAGACAGCAGAAUAUAGCAGGAGGGGACCAAGCUUCAGGACCAGGGGGACAAUCUAUGGCUCCUAAUCCCAGUCUAGCAGCCGCAGUUGGCCCAAGUUAUCCACUGUCAGGGUCACCAAUGCCCCCGCAGGGUCCACAAGCCACCCAGGGUUCUCCAGCCCCACCCCCUCCAGCACAGACUACACAACCACCACCCACGCAGCCUGUCCCAGCUAAUGCAGCAGAGGUUGAGUCAGGACCAGUUCCUUCAAAUGAGAUGCAGGCAGAGCCCAUGGUAACUGAUCCUCCCCAGACCGCAGGGGUAGUACCUCCCUCACAAAGCAUGAUGGGCAGCAGUCCGGUCUCCUAACAUCUCUGAUAACAUCGUCUUCAUCUGAAAUCAUUAGACCAUCAGCUGUUUAUCAUCAGUCAUCAAAUGACCACACCGAAUUGACUGUGUAGUGCCCUCUAUGUCUGACAUUGAACAGUCGUGUGUGUGGUUAGUGUGAACAAGGAGAUCCUGUUGAUGUGGUCACGUGCUACAUAACAAGAUGUCACACACACACACCCCUCCUUUAAUGUAUUUAUGUGAAUCUCUUUUAGUCAAUGAAGCAUUUGUAUAUUUUUUGUAGUAUGUUGUAAUAAAUUUUAUGUCUGUCAGAAAA